UCCUUAUCAUUCUUGUGAGCUGGCUUUUUCUUAUUCCUUCCUUUCUAUGUCCACCACUACUCUUCCCUUUACCUGAUCAUGGAUUUCUUUUCUCAUAGCUUUGAGAGCACAAUACUCAUAUCACAAAUCCUCCAAACCCUUUUCCCAUCAGGCCAUUUUUUCGAGGACAUGCUCAAGCUUCUCCUCUCUUAUAUCCCUCUCAGAGCCAAGUCCCAUGCAGAUGGACAAGAUGCUGAAGCUUCUUCACAGAACUACAACACCUUAUCUCCUUUACUUGUCCCAGUUCCUGUCCUCUCAAUAACUGAAUCCAUGAAAGACCAGCUCCGGGUGGUGGAAUACAGUCCCCUUCUUGAUGAGUCCAAAGCUGCGAAAGAAGGCGAUUCACAGUGUGCAGUGUGCUUGAAUAUCAUAGGAGAGCAGCAUGAAGUGAGGGAGCUUGGGAACUGCUGUCAUGUGUUCCACAAAGAGUGUAUAGAUGCUUGGAUGGAUCAGGGCCAGGCGACUUGCCCUCUGUGCAGAUCAAAGCUAAUGCCUGCAGGUGAUGAUGAACAUGGAAGGAAUGAGCUGAUAAAGAAUGGAGGAGAUCCAUGGAGGAGGGAGAGGAUGAUUUACUUAUUUGGUGAAGAUUAUGUGAUGGGGUAAUGGCUUGGGCCCCAUUUGGUUAUUGUUUGAGGCCAAGUUUGCUACCUCUGAGGCUGUAGCUAGUUUUUCAUACUGGAGAGAGAAAGUCUUCAUUCCAAUAUCAUGUUUCACUCCUACCUCCAAUAAUUGUACUAGUCUUUUAUCUUUUCUUCUAGCUCACUAGGUACUACUGUCCCCAUGAAUGAUUCUCUCUCUAAUUAUAGAUUCUAUCCACUCUAAGCCUAAUAGAAUCUGCGACUUUAAAAGGGUGCAUUUUGCUCAAUCCUUUUCCCUCCUUCUAUCUAUGAACUGUAAUUUAUAUCUCAUGAAAGUGCUUUUGUUUCUUGAGCUUUCUCCUGUUUGAAGAAGAAACCGAUUUAAUCCGGAAAAUAUCAGCAAAGUAGGCUUCAAGUUAGAAUAUGUGUUUGUAAUCUUGUGCUAAUCCUUUCCUCUCAAACGUAAGUUUCAGUGAGGAUUAUGCAUUAGCCGCAUGGUUUUUAUCAUUUAUUGAUGUCGCAAAUUGCAGUAA